GUACAGAUAUAUGCAGGGUUCCCAAAAUGGAAAAACCCAUUUCUUGGAGAUGCAUUUAAUGACAUUGGGGGCACUAUAUUUUCUAUGAAGAAAAAGUACGAGGUUAUUCGAAAAUAUCUACUAAGUAGCCAACGGAAAGUGUGCCUCACUGCCAACCGGUUUACACCAUCAAUUUUUAAUGCUGAAUACCAAGUAGAUAUUGCUGAUAUGUUCACUGAUCUAGACCUGCUAAAGAUAAGUAACAACAUAGAAAAGGAAGAUGCCGAUAUGUUCACUGAUCUUGACCAACUAACAAUAAGUAAAAGCCGAAAGAAUGAAGAUGCCACUCAAACAACUUUAAAGCAGGUUUUAGAUGAUAUCAAAUUCACACCUGCAUGUAAAGCUCUAAUAGAAGGUGAAAGCGGUGUUGGUAAGUCAACCCUCCUCAGAUACAUAGCAUACAACUGGGCCAAAAACGGAUUAGACGAAACCUUCAAAGGUAAAAUAGUGUUUCUUGUCAAUAUCCAGGAUAUUGACAUAAAUGAAAGUAUUUUGGAUGCUAUUUUAAGUAAGAUAAACCUACAUGGUUUUAAACUUGAAACAGGUCUCAAAGAAGAUCCUAUAUUAAUUGAACAAUUUAUUUGGAAUCACAGUAAUGAAAUUGUAUUGUUAUUGGAUGGAUUAGAUGAAUUAAAAGAUGGUAGUGAGAGUCCAAUAAGGAUUUUUAAAUGCCAAGCAAUGUGUGAAUGUAAAGUGGUACUUACAUCACGAUCGGAAAAAAUAUACGAGUUCAUUAAUGCAAGCAACUUACAUGUGAAAGUGCAGGGAUUCAGUACAGAAAAUAUAGGAAAAUACAUUAGGAAACACUUUGAUUUCUUUAGAAAACCUUUGUUAGGAGACUCACUUAUUGAGGAGUUACAGCUUGAUUCAAACCAUAAACAUCAGGAGAUCUAUUCAAUGUGUAAGAAUCCAUUGCUGCUUUUAUCAGUAAGCAUUAUGUGGGAAAAAAGGAAAAAUCUUGUAGCUGAUAAAAGUGAUUUGUUUAAAGAGGUAUUUAGAUGCAUCUUGAAUCAGUUUAUUGACAAACAAACAGUUAAAGAGCAAAAAAUCUCAACAUUUGAAGAUACUCCUGAGAGGUUUGUUAAUGCAAUGGCUCUAUUAGGAAAGUAUUUCUAUAAAGGCCUAAAGAAAAACCAACUUUCAAUAAACAGAAGAGAGAUGAAAGAAGAUAAAGAAUUGGUUGCUCUGGCUUUAAAACUAGGUUUUGUGUACAAAGAUACUUCAAAACUGAAAUCCAACUUUGAAGAGAUUUUUACAACUCGGCACAAGUUGAUAUUAGAGUCAUUAGUUGGAUUUUACUUAUGCAAACUAUGUCAGAUACAAGGGUUGAAGAAUAAGUGUUCAAAUGACAUGGGAACAUUAUUUGAGCCAUUGACUGAUAAUGAAUGGAAGAUGAUAAGCAGAAGUAAACAUUUUCACGUAACAAAGGUGUUUGCAAUUGGAUUCCUAGGUGCUAAUGCUGGCAUAUUUUUAAAUCAUUGGAUAACGAAUGAUAUCUCAACAUAUCGUUCUUUAAUGGAAUAUUUAAGAUGUGUAAAUAAAGUCCAUAUGGAUACUGUAGAAAAAGCAGUUAUUGGUCACAUGACCAGAGAAGAUUUAAUUAUAAAGCCACAUAUUAAUGACAUAUGUAAAUCACUAAGACAAUUUAUCCAUAACAUUAUUCCUGAAUUAGAAAUCAGUCAAAAAGAGCAUUUCAUAAGACUUAUGAUAAGAAUUCGUGAAUGUUUUUCUUGGCCUGAAUCGAAAAUGAUAAAUUCAUUUGAAUAUUUUUUAAGAGAAAUGUCAUCUGAAGAAAAAGGCAGAAUGCUUGCUCACAUAUUAAUUGCUGUGCCAGAACAAAAGAUUAUUUUUGAAAAAAUAUGUAGUAUAAUAUGUGAGAAUGAUAUUAACUACCUGACAGAUGAAUGUCAAAGACUCUUCUUCAAAUAUGAUGUAACAGAAUGUACAUUAUCAUCUUUGAGUACAGCUUCAUUUGUAGUUCACCUGUUUAGUAAUGCACCACAACUUAAUAUCGUUACCUUUAGAAAUUGUAUUACAGGUGCUGUUAUGAAUAAUGUGAUCAGAGAGUGCUUAAAUAGAAGAGUAAAGUUGGAAUUACAGCAGCUGUGUUUCAUUGGUACUGAUCUAAGUGACAUUGAUGGUUCUUCAUUUGCAUCCUUAUUCAUUUCACCUAAACUAAUUAUACUUAACAUGAAUAAUUGUAGUUUAUCAAGUGUUAUUCUGAAUGAUAUGAUUGAAGAAUGUUCUAGUAGAGGAGUCAAGUUGGAAUUAAAGUUGCUAGCUAUCAGUGAUAAUAAUCUCAGUAAAAUUGAUGGGGCUUCAUUUGCAUCCUUAUUCAUUUCACCUAAACUAAAUAUACUUGGCAUGAAUAAUUGUAGUUUAUCAAGUGUUAUUCUGAAUGAUAUGAUUGAAGAAUGUUCUAGUAGAGGAGUCAAGUUGGAAUUAAAGUUGCUAGCUAUCAGUGGUAAUAAUCUCAGUAACAUUGAUGGGGCUUCAUUUGCAUCCUUAUUCAUUACAUCUAAACUGAGUAAACUGGUCAUGAAUAACUGUAAUCUAUCAUGUGUGGUUAUGAACGAUAUGAUUAGAGAGUGUUCUCGCAGGGAAGUCAAGUUGGAAUUAGAGGAGCUUUAUGUCAGUGGUAAUAAUCUCAGUAACAUUGAUGGGUCUUCAUUUGCAUCCUUAUUCAUUACGUCUAAACUGAGUAAACUUGGCAUGAAUAAUUGCAGUUUAUCAGGCGUUAUUAUGAAUGAUAUGAUUAGAGAGUGUUCUAGCAGAGGAGUCAAGUUGGAAUUAGUAGAGCUUUAUGUCAAUGGUAAUAAUCUCAGUAACAUUAAUAGGUCUUCAUUUGCAUCCUUAUUCAUUAUGUCUAAACUGUGUAAACUUAGCAUGAAUAAUUGCAGUUUAUCAGGCGUUAUUAUGAACGAUAUGAUUAGAGAGUGUUCUAGCAGAGGAGUCAAGUUGGAAUUAGAGGUGCUAGCUAUCAGUGCUAAUAAUCUCAGUAACAUUGAUGGGUCUUCAUUUGCAUCCUUAUGCAUUACGUCUAAACUGAGUAUACUUGACAUGGAUAAUUGCAAUUUAUCAGACGUUAUUAUGAAUGAUAUGAUUAGAGAGUGUUCUAGCAGAGGAAUCUAGUUGGAAUUAGUGGAGCUUUAUGUCAGUGGUAAUAAUCUCAGUAACAUUGAUAGGUCUUCAUUUGCAUCCUUAUUCAUUACGUCUAAACUGAGUAAACUUGGCAUGGAUAAUUGCAAUUUAUCAAGCGUUGUUAUGAACGAUAUGAUUAGAGAGUGUUCUAGCAGAGGAGUCAUGUUGGAAAUUAGUGGAGCAUUAUGUCAGUGAUAAUAAUCUCGGUAACAUUGAUGGGUUUUUAUUUGCAUCGUUAUUCAUUACAUCUAUACUGAGUGGACUUGGCAUGAAUAAUUUCAGUUUAUCGGGUGUUAUUAUGAAUAUGAUUGGGGAGUGUUUUGGUAGAGGAGUCAAGUUGGAAUUAGUGAUUGAUCAUCAUUGAUGGGUCUUCAUUUGCAUCCUUAUCCAUUACGUCUAAACUGAGUAAAUUUGUCAUGAAUAUCUGUAAUCUACCAUGUGUAAUUAUGAACGAUAUGAUUAGAGUGUUUUAGCAGAGGAGUCAAGUUGGAAUAAGCGUGGCUUAUUGUCACUGGUAAUAAUCUAUAGUGAUGUUGGUGGGUCUUUAUUUGAAUCUUGGUUUG